AUGAAACCCGGACAAUUAAACACUAUCGAUGCAUUUUGCAGCUUAAAAACUUGGAAUAUAUUCCCUUUGGAUCCUACAAAAAGAGUAAGAGAUACAGAUACUGGCUACAACAAACUGAUAAUACAGAUUAUGUUGGUCCUUUUUGAAACGUCAGCUGGCUACGCUGUAUUUAAGUUAACGUUUAAUACUCUUACCCAGUUGCUUGAUGAGAAGAAACUGAAGGAUGUUGAUGACAUUUACACCCUUUUCUCAUCUCCAGAGAAGGCUCAAGAGACGUAA